AUUCGAAACAAUUUUUAUACAAAAAAUGGCGACCUCCAUGAAAAAAAAAUUUCUUCACAAAUUGUGUUUAAAAUAGGGACACAGACUUCAAUAUUGAGUAAUAAAAUGGAAACUUAGUGCCCCACAACUUCAUUCAAAUCAAUAGAUCAUGUAUUCUGUAUACAAACAGACUCACCCACCAACAGGCAUAGAACAUUGUGUCUAUUGCAACUUCUUCAACACAUCAGAGAGAAACUUAGUUAUAGCAGCUGUCAACCAACUUAAUGUUUACAGACUUAAUCCAGAUACUGAGGAUGAUACUGGAAAGAAUGUUACAGAUCAAAAUCAGGAGACAAGAAAAAAACAGAAACUUGAAUGCUUGGCCACUUUCAGUUUGUUUGGUAACAUUAUGUCUCUACAGUUUGUCAAGUUACCAGGAGCUAACAGGGAUGCACUUCUACUAAGUUUUUCUGACGCAAAGUUAUCGGUUGUUGAGUAUGACCCUAGUACCCAUGAUCUCCAAACAACAUCUCUACAUUAUUUUGAGGAACCUGCACUGAAGGAUGGAUUUGCAGUCACAUACAGCAUUCCAGAAAUUAGAGUUGAUCCAGAUGGGCGAUGUGCAGCAAUGUUAAUUUAUGGAACAAGACUUGUUAUUCUGCCAUUCCGUAGAGACGCUGUCAUAGAGGACUCAGAUAUCUCAGGAGGAGGGAAAUCACCUAUCAUGUCAUCCUAUAUCAUUGAUCUCAAAAGUUUUGAUGAAAAGAUCACCAAUGUUAAAGAUUUUCAGUUUCUGCAUGGUUAUUAUGAACCAACUGUAUUUAUGUUAUAUGAACCUUUUCAGACUUGGGCUGGGAGGACAGCAGUCAGAGCAGACACAUGUUGUAUUGCAGCUAUUUCUCUGAACAUACAGGAGCGAGUCAAUCCUGUCAUCUGGUCUAUGAACAAUCUACCAUUUGAUUGUUGUAAAGUUAUGGCUGUACCUAAACCUAUUGGUGGUGUAAUGGUUGUGGCUGUUAACUCAUUGUUAUAUCUCAAUCAGAGUGUGCCACCUUACGGUGUAGCCCUCAACAGCAUCGCAUCAUCAAGUACAUUAUUUCCAUUGAGAACACAAGAAGGCAUCAGAAUAGCCCUAGAUUGUUCACAGGCAGCUUUUAUGACCAACGAUAGACUGGUUCUGUCACUCAAAGGAGGAGAACUCUAUGUCCUGACAUUAGUUGUUGAUGGCAUGAGAAGUGUUAGAAGUUUCCACUUUGAUAAAUCAGCAGCUAGCGUCCUAACUACAUGUAUUUGUGUUUGUGAGGAAGGGUUUUUGUUCCUUGGAUCAAGACUUGGGAAUUCUUUAUUGCUCAAAUAUACAGAGAAAGCACAGGAUCAGAUAAUAGAAUUAAGAGAAGAACCAAAAAAGGAAGAACCACCAACUAAGAAAAAGAAAGUAACGGAAUCAGAAGUGGCAUCAGAUGUUUCACAGAUUGAAAAUUUAUAUGAGUUAGAAGUUUACGGUAGUGCUGAAAACCCAAAAGGAACAACUAUUGCAAGUUACUCCUUUGAGGUAUGUGAUAACAUUUGGAACAUAGCACCAUGUGCCAAUAUUGUAAUGGGGGAACCAGCUUUUCUGUCAGAGGAAUUCAGUGGUACAGAUAAUCCAGAUAUAGAACUGGUUACAACAUCAGGUUACAGUAAGAAUGGUGCCCUGUCUGUCCUACAGAGAACAAUCAGGCCCCAGAUAGUGACGACCUUUGAACUUCCAGGUUGUAUAGACAUGUGGACUGUAAAGGGAGAGCUACCUGAGGAAGAAGGGGGAAGCAGGACGAGUAUUGAAGGAGAAACAACAAACACAGAACAGGAAGACAAAGAUUCUGUCAAAGAUGGUCAUGCUUUCUUAAUCCUCAGUCGGGAAGAUUCCAGUAUGAUUUUACAGACUGGUCAAGAGAUUAUGGAAUUAGAUCACAGUGGUUUUAGUACACAGACAGCUACAAUUUUUGCUGGAAACAUUGGUGACGACAAAUACAUCAUACAAGUGUCUCCAUCUGGUGUGAGACUGUUAGAGGGAGUAAAACAGCUGCAGUACCUGACAGUAGAACAGACAUCAACUAUUUGUCACUGUAGUGUAUCUGACCCUUAUGCACUGUUAAUGACAGAGGCAGGCAUGAUUUUCUUGUUGACCUUAAAACAAGAUGCAGUUAGUGGGAACAGUCGCCUCUCAAUGACAAAGCCUUUACUUCCUCAGCACUCCAAGAUUUUAACAUUGUGUACUUAUAAAGAUAGAAGCGGUUUAUUUAGAACCAAACCUGUCAAUGAGAACGAGGUGCCAGCACCAGUUGAGACAAAACCUAAUAGAAGUUCCAUUGAAAAGGUCUAUAAUAUGGAUUCCAGCAAUGUUGAUGAUGAAGAUGAGUUAUUGUAUGGUGAUACAGAUACAUCAGUUUUCUCCUCAUCAAUGGAUACCUCACAGACAGAGGUCAAAAGUCCUACAAAGUCUUCCCGUCUCCAGAAUGACGUAAAGCCAACAUACUGGGCCUUAGUUUGUAGAGAAAAUGGAGUCUUAGAGAUAUACAGUAUGCCUGACUUUAAGUUAUCUUAUUAUGUUAAGAAUUUCCCUAUGGGCCAGAAGAUUCUGGUAGAUAGUGUGCAGGUUAAAGACAAACUCAGCACAGGAUCAUCGUCCUUUGCAGACAGAAGUGAUAAAUUACUUGGAGAGAUGCCAGCAUUAAAAGAAAUUUUAAUGGUUGGUUUGGGCUAUCGUAAAACAAGACCUUAUUUAAUGGCCAGAAUUGAAGAUGACUUUUAUAUGUAUGAAGCAUUUCCAUACUUCCAAGCAUCAAUAGAUAAUCAUUUAAAGUUACGAUUUAAAAAAGUGCAGCAUAAUCUGAUAAUGAAAGACAGGAAAUCCAGGAAGAAACGUAUAGAAGACGAGGGUCUGCCUGACGAGACGAUACGACAACAAAGAGUUGCUAGGCUCAGAUAUUUUGAAGAUGUUGCAGGUUACAGUGGGGUAUUUGUGUGUGGACCUUACCCCCACUGGAUCUUCAUGACCACUCGAGGAAGUCUACGAAUCCAUCCCAUGAUCAUUGACGGUCCUAUCACAUGUUUCUCAUCAUUCCACAAUGUCAACUGUCCUAAAGGCUUCCUCUACUUCAACAAACUGGGAGAGUUGAGAAUCACUGUAUUACCAACACAUUUAACAUAUGACGCACCAUGGGCAGUGAGGAAAAUACCUUUGAGAUGCACCCCACAUUUUGUAGCUUACCAUCCAGACAGUAAGACCUAUGCAGUUGUCACCAGUACUCCAGAAAACUGCAACAAACUUCCAAAAACAACAUCUGAAGAAAGAGACUGGGAUACAUUAGAAAAAGAUGAAAGAUUUAUCUAUCCACAGUUGAACACCUACGCCUUACAAUUGUACAGUCCUACGUCCUGGGAAGUUGUCCCUAACACCAGUGUAGUCCUUCAGGAAUGGGAAGUAUGUACCACCAUGAAGAAUGUUCUGCUGAGGUCAGAGGAAAAUGUACAUGGUUUUAAAUCAUUUCUAUGUAUGGGGACAACUUUAUCACUGGGGGAGGAGAAUAUCUCUAGAGGCAGGAUUUUAAUACUGGAUGUUAUAGAAGUUGUACCAGAACCGGGAAUGCCUCUCACUAAACACAAAAUUAAGGUUUUGUAUGACAAGGAACAGAAGGGACCAGUUACAGCUCUAGCACAGAUACAGGGAUUUCUACUUACAGCAAUAGGUCAAAAGCUUUAUAUAUGGCAGUUGAAGGACAAUGAUCUGAUAGGUGUGGCCUUCAUUGACACAUUCACUUACAUCAACACAUUAAGUACAGUUAAAAAUAUCAUCUUAGCAGGGGAUAUCAUCAAAAGUAUCGCUUUAUAUAGAUAUCAGGAGGAACUUAAAGUUCUGUCACUUGUCAGUAGGGAUAUAAAGCCCUUAGAAACAUAUACAGCAGAAUAUAUGGUGGAUAAUUCACAGCUAUGUUUCUUAGUUUCAGACAAAAUGAAGAACAUAUUAAUGUAUGCAUAUCAUCCUGAAGCUAGAGAGAGUAUAGGAGGCCAACGUCUGCUUCGGAAGGCUGAUUUUAAUGUUGGCUCACACAUCAACAGCAUGUUUAGAGUACUAUGUCGUAGUGAUCCAGCUGUAGAUAAAAGGGCAUACAAUGCUGACAGGAAACAUAUUACAUACUUUGCUUCUUUAGAUGGAACACUUGGGUUCGUUCUGCCAAUCUCAGAGAAAGUAUAUAGACGUUUACUCAUGUUACAGAAUGCCAUGACGACACAAAUUCAACAUAUAGCAGGACUUAAUCCAAGGACCUAUAGAGCUGUACAGAGUAUCAGACAAGAGUUGAGGAAUCCUCAAAAGAAUAUUUUAGAUGGUGAUUUGUUAUGGAAGUAUUUACAUCUCAGUAUGAUGGAGAAAACUGAGAUUGCUAAACGUAUUGGAACAUCUCUUGAACAGUUAACAGAUGAUCUGAUGGACAUUGACAGAUUAACAUUACAUUUCUGAAGAACAGUGACUUUGUUAUAGUUGUUAUGUUAUUGGUUAUUAAGUAUCAUGUGACAUGUUAAUAAUGAUGUGAUGUUACAUCAUGUACAUAGUUAGAGACAAAUGUAGAACUCAACAGUGCCACUGAAUGUGUGUUCAUUAGUCUGUGAAUGUCUGAAUAAAAGAAACAUACAAAUA